AUGGCGGGCUCAAUGCACUUGUCACGACUUCGGAACUGGUUCCUUGCCUCUCCGCCUAUCGAGUUCGCCAUCUCCAACCUGAAGGAGCUCCUGGUGGGUGCUCUACGCCAGGGGCCCAUCCCUCAACAUGUGGCCUUUGUGAUGGAUGGAAAUCGUCGAUUCGCCCGAUCGCACGGAAUUGAAACGGUGGAAGGACAUAAUCUAGGAUUCGAGGCAUUAGCAAGGAUUCUAGAAGUCUGCUACAAAAGCGGUGUUAAAGUCGUCACGAUCUACGCCUUCAGUAUCGAGAAUUUCAAGCGCUCAAAAUUCGAGGUCGACGCCCUGAUGGAUAUGGCGAAGGUGAAGCUGUCGCAGAUGGCACAGCAUGGAGAUUUGCUGGACCGUUACGGUGCUAAAGUCCGCGUUCUUGGACGACUCGAUCUACUCAAGCCCGAUGUCCUGGCCGCGGUCAACAAGGCCGUCGAUCUGACUAGUCGCAACGGCGAUCGCGUGUUGAAUAUCUGCUUUCCCUACACCUCCCGCGACGAGAUUACUGGCGCGAUCCGUGACACUGUCGACGACUACAGCACGCCACUCCAAUCAAAUGGUUCUGGCCGAACUCCUUUCUCCGAAUCCCAUAUCGCGCAUAAUAUACGGGCCCAGACUUUGGGGACGCGGCCACAGGAUUCAAACAGUGACUCAGGGUCCUCUGCAGAGUCCUCAAGCCAUGAGGAUGAUUCACUCUCGCAGAACGAACAUCGCCACCGUGUAUACGAAUCCGGGUCUUCGUUCUCAUCUUCUACGACUUUACAUCUUGGACAACAGGAUAGCCAACAUCAGAAGAAUGGCGCUCACGAAAGCCUGAACGGAGACAAACCAACCUUCAUGUCCCCCGAAACUAUUUCCCGUCAAACGUUGAAUGAUCACAUGUUGACUAAAGGCACCCCACCCUUAGAUAUGCUGGUGCGGACCUCGGGUGUUGAGCGGCUGAGCGAUUUUAUGCUCUGGCAAUGUCAUGAGAACACCGAAGUCGUGUUCCUCGAUGUCCUAUGGCCGGAGUUUGACCUGUGGCAUUUCCUUCCAGUCCUUCUUGGAUGGCAACGACGCAUCUCCAAGUCGAGACAGAAUCCAGAUGCCGAGGGCAACUUUGCCGGUGACAGCCCAGAAUCCAGUGAAGAGGAUAUAGAUUUCCUGGUUCGACAGGGUAAGGUCAAGGCCAUAUAG